AUGGAUGAUUCCAUCUCGAGAGGAGGGGUGGAAAAAACGCCUCGCGUUCUCGUCUCCCACAAACGCCCUCGAUCGGAAGACGAGGCGUUCAACGACGACGAGUUCGAGGACGAUGGGGACUUCGAAGAGAUGAACGGUGGUUUCUCUUCGAGGAGGAGGAGGAGGAACAGUAGCACGAAUCCCCUUUUGCUCACGGAGAGACAAAAAGCUCCGUCCACGGCGUUUAAUUCCUUGAAAAUUUUACAAAACUCCUCCUCGUGCAAAAAGAGGGGAAAAAAACUUUUGAACUCGUGUCCCUCGUCUGCGUUUUUGCAACUCCGGUCCUCGUCCUCGGUGAUUCGGCAACAACAACAACACGCACGAAUGCAAAGGUUUGAACCAUCGGGGUCGACGAGAAACACAGCAGCGAUGACGACGACCACCACCACCACCACCACCAGGAAUAUUGCCAAGCAAAUGAUGAUGCAAGCGAAUAACGAAACGCCGACUACAUCGAGCGCGAUAUCCAGCGAUAUCCAGGAAACGCCCGGGUUGGAUCUUCGAAGACACUCGUUGAGUAACCCACCGACGACGGGACGGUUUAGGUAA